AUGUUUAUUGACAAGUCUCCAGAUCUUCGUCCACCGGAUUACGAGUCGAGUGAGCGCCUGCUUGCUGAGGAAGAAGGUAUUUUGUGGACAGAAGACGAUGACUCCGAUGUCUACAUCUCAAUUACGACUAUGUUUCUUCAAUUCACGGCUUUUGCUGUAGUUUUCCUGCUCGGAACUAUAUUCGGGUUCUUCUGGAGAGCUGACUUGGAUGGACUAUGUGGGCGACAUGUUUCUCGAUAUUGUGAGAGAGAAGUCUAUCAGCCUGCUUCAAUCAAAUACAGGAAAGCUUACAGUCUUCAGCCCCUAUUCCCAGAAGUCGAUGCAGCCUGGGAUUCUCUGGGUGUCAAUUACCGUGGUAUUCGAGUUCCUGCCGUAGAUGCAGAGGAGUCUGGUCUUGAAACUGAUCAGGUUAGAAUUAAGGAUAGAUAUGGAGGGGGCUUUCCAGCGGAAGUAGAAGGCUUCCACCACUUACAUUGCCUGAAUGUUCUUCGACAAUCACUCUACUAUAACUAUGAUUAUUAUCAUAGCAGGGGUGAGAGUGUACUCGGCAACAAUAGCUACAUCGCACGACGCCGGGUUUCGUACUGUCUUGAUGUUAUUCGGCAACAGCUUAUGUGUACCGUCGAUACCGGUGUGGUCGGUCAAGUCUGGAUCUACCCGGAAAAUCCAGAGCCCUACGUGGAUUUCGAAACACAUCACAAAUGCAAAAAUUUCGAAGAUAUCCGUCAGUGGGUGGAAAGGAAUCAAUUACCUGAGAAUCCUCCCUGGGAUUUCUUAGUGCACCCUGGUCCCGGUGAUCGAAUCUACAAAGAAAUGCCCUGA